GCAAUUGUGGAAAAUUUGCAAUUUGUUGAUUACCAAACUCCAUUGCCUAUUAGAAACCGGAUCUGGUCAGAUUCAAGGGGCUUGUGACACACUGAUGCUCUGUUGUUUUGAAAUGGAAACGGGUUUGGGAUUAUAACCGUACAUUGUUUCUUUGGAACUGUUUCUAAGCGAAUAUAUUGGAAGGGGGCUCGACGGGUACAUCAAUAACUCAGAGCGAUAACUGUUCGAUGGGUACAAGUCAUAAACUGGACACAAUUUAUAUGGGGCAACACCCACUGGAGUUGUAUAAAAGCGAGUGCCUGGCCAAGGUGGAGCAUCAGUCAACGUUUGUUCUCUACGUUCUACAACUGCACCACAUCCAAAUCAAAAUGUUCAAAUUCGUGAUGAUCUGCGCUAUUAUCGGCCUGGCCGCCGCGGUGCACCACCCAAUAGAACACCGCCCAGUACCCCAUCAUCCAGUGAAGGUAUCCCAUCCAGAGCCUCACCCUGUGCCGCACCCUGCACCACACCCAGUGCCCGUUCAUCAUGGCGACGAUGUGCACGCUGAUGUUGUUUCCCGCAAGGAUGAUAUUCGCCCAGAUGGCUUCGACUCAAGCCUUGAGACCACCAACCACAUCACUCGCUCAGAGAGCGGUGAUGAGCAUGGAAACAUCCACGGCAGCUUCGGCUGGAUCUCCCCCGAAGGCGAGCACAUUGAUAUCAAGUACGUUGCCGAUGAGCACGGCUACCAGCCAUCGGGAGCUGCCAUCCCCGCUAUCCCCGAAGCCAUCGCACGCUCCAUUGCAUGGAACGAGGCGCAUCCCCAAGCCCCCGAGCCCCACAACCCCCAUAGCGUUCCCCAUAGCGCUCCCCAUGGCUCUCACCAUUAAAGCAAAUUCAGCUCCUAAGCUGAUUGUUUAUAGUGGACUUGGAACGUACAACGGACUAGUCUCAGAUAUUUCUCGAUAGCCUUUAAGUUCUUCACACCUAAUCAAUGUUUUUCUUAAAUAAGUUUAAUAAAUACGUAGUUGCAUCAAAUUAAA